AAAGUGCCCAGAAAUGAAGAAUUCCAGGAAGACUACGCUGCGGGGAAUCACUGGACUUCUCAGAUACUGUCUGUUUCAGGUUGCAAGUGGACAGAGUGUGGUACAGGCCCUGCCUUUGAGCCGGAGGAGGUCAGUCAUCUGAUUACUUGGCAAGAUGGCCGCUGCAGUCCCGCCUUCCUCUCUUCUCUUCCUCUGCCUCAGUCACAUAUCAGCUUGGCUACAGGAUUUGGGUGUGCCACAGUCUACUGGUAUUUAAAAAAGAGUCCAGAUUUUCUGAAGUCUUAUGAUGCAGCUGGCACUAUCCAUGACUAUGUGGUUGCCAUGUUGUGUGAUCUGAAGAAGCCACUCAUGUCCAUCCAGAAUGCUGCCAGCUGGGGAUAUUUUGAUUCCAGAAACAAAAGCUGGAAUACUGACAUAUUGAAAAAAUCUGGCUUUCCCGUUCACUUGCUUCCAGAGGUGGGAGACCCUGACAGUAUUGCAGGCAGGACAAUCUGUGCCUGGCAUGGAAUACCCAAAGGAGCAAAAGUAGGAGUUGCUCUGGGAGAUUUCCAGUGCUCUGUUUAUUCCUGUCUGACUGAGAGGACUGAUGCAGUUCUUAAUAUCAGUACCUCUGCUCAGUUGACUAUUUCAAUGCCCCCGGGUUUCCAGCCUCCAGAGACACCAGAUCCUUCCUCAGCAGUUACUUAAUUCAAUGGUGACUACUUGGCCGUGGCAGCAUCACUUAAUGGAGGCAAUGUGCUAGCAAUGUUUGUGGACACGGUGGCACGGUGGACAGAAGAGCUAGGACUUCAGGUUCAGCGGUCUGCCAUCUAUACAAAGAUAAUCAAAGCAGCCUUGGCCCAAAACGACAGCAAGCUCUCAGUCCACCCAACCAUAUUUGGAGAGAGACACGUUCCCGAGCAGUUCGCGUCAGUGACCAAUAUUGCUGCCUCUGACCUCUCCCUGGGUCACGUAACCAGAGCUCUGUGCCGCGGCAUCGUUGAAAACCUCUGUUCCAUGUUACCUGUGCACCGCCUGAGGGAGACGGGAGUGAGGAGGAUUCUGGGGAGCGGGAGUGCCCUUGCCAGGAACGAGGUGCUAAGGCAGGAAGUGGAAAGGAUUUUUCCAUUCCCUGUGGUUUAUGGGAAGGAUGUUGAUGCUGCUGUGGGGGCUGCCAUGGUGAUGUUCCACAGAAAAUAAAGUCAUUGUUUGGA